AUGGGAACGGGUUCAUCGAAAUCAACAAAUUUGGAUUCAAUCAACAACCUAAAUGAUCGAAAUAAUUCCUGUUGCAUUAAUAGCCAUAUGAAUGACCAGGAUUUCGAAAAAAUUCAGUGUGUGAUAAGAUGGUCAUUUGGUGGAGGUGAAGUAUUUGUUGCAGGUAGUUUUAAUUCUUGGCAGAAGCAGGAAGAAUAUAAAUUGUUUAAAAGUGGUCAUGACCAUUUAAUUGCAAUAGAACUUACUAGAGGUAUUCAUUUCUACAAAUUUAUUGUGGAUGGAGAAUGGAGAUAUUCUCCAGAAUACCCAAUUGAAUCAGACAGUGAAGGUUAUAUUAAUAAUUACAUAGACUUGACCGGAUAUAAAGCACCAUACUAUUCGAUAUCGUGUGAUCAAUCACAGUAUGAUAUACAAGAGUUCCAUCAAGAACUUCCAAUUGAGUUUCCAGUAGAUGCGCCGGCACUACCGAUCCUUUUGGGUAAAAGUAGAUGUCCACUUGAAACUGCUAAUGGCAUCCAUAUUCCCUUCCAUUGUAUUUCCAAUCAUAUUUACUAUGAUUCUCUUAUUCAAGAAAUCUUUGGUACUCAGAUAGCAACAUUUUGUGUGACCAAACGUUGGCCAAAAGAGAAGUACAUACAAACUAACCACUGUAUGCAAAAGUUUACUACAAUUUUAUAUGUAUCGUUUAGAUUUAUUGACGAAUUCCACCCUAUUUUAAUUUGCAAGAAUAAUAAUUUCAUUGUGGGCAGUUUUUCAAAGAACUCGUCUGAAUCGGAAGAAAAUAAUCAUCAAUAUAACGCUCAUGUGUCAGAUAAAUUGUUCAAAACAACAGAAAUGUUUGCUACAAUAUUUAGAUAA